AUGGCCGCCACAAGCAACGCCGUCGUGCUCAUCGUCAUACUUGCGAUCACCUUCUCUUCCUCCUCCGCAGUGACGGAGACGCAGGCACCUUCUCCACUGGCUCUCACCUGUACGGAGGAGCUAGUCAUGUUCUCUCCAUGCCUUCCUUACGUCUCGGCUCCACCGAACAACAUCUCAGACGCGCCGGAUCCUCUUUGCUGCUCGGCUUUCUCCACAUCCGUUCAUUCCGGCGCCGGAAACUGCCUCUGUUAUCUUCUCCGGCAACCUAUGAUCCUUGGAUUCCCGUUGGAUAGAUCACGACUGCUUUCUCUUUCCCAGAUCUGUAGCGAUCUUAGCUCCGACGAAUCUUUCGAGUCUAUCUGCUCGCCAUCAGAGUCGCCGGAGCUUCCGCCGCUUCAGAGCAUUCAGUUCACAGCUCCUUUUGUUUACGGUGAUAGAGCUUCCGCAUCUUCUCCAUCGUUCGCCAUUUCACGGGAAGCCGCCGGAGUUUCACCAACCUCCGAUCAACCCUCACCAGAAACAGAUAGCUUAUCAUCAACACCAGAAUCCAUCAUAAACGGCUCCCCAAAGAUCACAAGCUUCUGCUUUCUCUCGACCAUCAUCAUGACGCUGCCCACUUCUAUCUUCACUCGUAUCUGAAGCAUUCCUCUUUCUUUCCUUUGCAAUCUCAAGUUCAUUAGUGGUGGGUGUCUCUUUAAAACCCAUACUUGAUCUCUUCCUUUUGGCUUUGUGAAUCGAACAAAGAUGAUAUAGACAUACCAUUGUUCUCAGAGUACUGUACAUUGUUUCCUUUUAGCUUUGUGAAUCGUGGAACAAGAACAUGUUUAGGUUGUUCUCUCAUAAGAAAGUCAUUUCAAAGUUUAACACAA